AUGGGGCAAUAUUUCUCGCAGGCCCUAGAGGCCCCGCCCACAGUGGAAACAUUCGACGAUUUCAUUACACGCUUUCAAACCCUCAUUCGAGGUCUAUACUUCAACCGCAGAGAUCAACAGUGGCUACUGAACAUCUCUGCCGAGUUCAAUCUGACGCCAUCAGCCGCCGGGGAAUGGGAUGAAUCGAGCCUAUCGCGGUUUCUCCGCACCCUUGUCCCGGAACCGCUAUGGCCCGACCUCGAAAACUCCAUCCCGCUCCUGCACCGCUCCCUUGCGCGCCUCGGAUCGUUCCCAUACCACAACGCCCCACCCCGUCCGCUGACCGUCGACACGGCCUUGGUCGCCAUCGUCGUCAUGUCUUUUGAAUGCAACCGGAAAUGGCUCCGCUUCGAUCAAUGUGCCGCCUCCGAAGCCGCCGAAGAGCAACAAACUCAGAGGUAG